AUGACAACCACCGUGUCCUCAGUUAGCUUCAAUGAGGAUACCAUACAAUCACCGGAUGCGCACAACCAGUACCAGUUGAAAAAUCCUUCCAGUGAAGGGGACAACAGUGUUCCAAAACCGAGGAGAAUUGCUUGCAUUGUCUGCAGGAAGAGAAAACUGAAGUGUGAUGGGACUAAACCAACCUGCUCACCAUGCACGAGGCUUGGGCAUAUUUGCACGUAUCACGAGGCUCAGAGGGAGCCUGGUGGCAAACGAGGCCAUACCAAAGCCCUGGAAGAGCGACUAAGUUAG